UGAGCCCAGUGCAUUGUGGUCUUUGUGCUGAAGGAAGCUGCUGCUGCACCGGAAUCUGAAGAAUUUGAGGUGUCCGCCAAGUCUACUGUUGAACGGCAGCUAGUUUCUCUCCGUACCCCCAUCUACACCAUCCUCUCUGCGGGCAGACUGUAAGGUUUAGCAAAGAGGAAAACAAAAUGUCUCAGGCUGAUAAAAUGAAGCAGGGCCAGUUCACCAACCCUGAGACUCCAGGGUACGUUGGAUUUGCCAACCUGCCUAAUCAGGUUCACCGCAAGUCGGUGAAAAAGGGCUUUGAGUUCACCCUUAUGGUUGUAGGUGAAUCUGGACUUGGAAAAUCCACCUUGAUCAACAGCCUCUUCCUCACCGACCUUUACCCUGAGAGGGUCAUCCCUGGAGCUGCAGAGAAGAUCGAAAGGACGGUUCAGAUCGAGGCCUCAACGGUAGAAAUUGAGGAGCGAGGAGUGAAGCUCCGUCUCACCGUGGUGGAUACACCUGGAUACGGAGACGCCAUCAACAGCCAAGACUGUUUCAGCACCAUUAUCAGUUACAUUGAUGACCAGUUUGAGCGCUACCUCCACGACGAGAGCGGUCUAAAUCGUAGACACAUCGUUGACAAUAGAGUUCACUGCUGCUUCUAUUUCAUCUCCCCACUUGGCCACGGCCUGAAGCCUCUCGAUGUCCAGUUCAUGAAGGCCAUCCACAACAAGGUCAACGUGGUUCCUGUCAUCGCUAAAGCUGACACACUUACCCUCAGAGAGAGGGAGAGGCUCAAGCGCAGGAUUCUUGAUGAGAUCGAUGAGCAUGGCAUCAAGAUCUACCAUCUCCCUGAUGCUGAGUCGGAUGAAGAUGAAGACUUCAAAGAGCAGACCAGGAUCCUGAAGGCUAGCAUCCCGUUUGCGGUGGUAGGAUCCAACCAGCAGAUUGAGGCCAAAGGAAAGAAGGUCAGGGGCCGCCUGUAUCCCUGGGGAGUGGUGGAAGUGGAGAACCCGGAGCACAACGACUUCCUCAAGCUGCGGACCAUGCUCAUAACCCACAUGCAGGAUCUACAGGAAGUCACCCAGGACCUUCACUAUGAGAACUUCCGCUCGGAGCGUCUCAAGCGGGGUGGCAGGUUGUCCUCCCAUGGUUACGUUCUGCCUCUGUCGCCUGCCAGGAAGGGGCCGGAGCCGGAGGAAAUGGACAAGGACAUGAUCCUGCAGGAGAAGGAGGCUGAGCUGAGGCGAAUGCAGGAGAUGAUCGCUAAGAUGCAGGCCCAGAUGCAGAAGCAUGGAGAUGGAGAGGGAGACGCCCCACAUGCGUGAGAAGUUGUUUAUGGUAUUUGAGCCACUGCUUGGAGUUUGACCGAGGGAAACGGUGUAAAAGCCGCCUGGUUAUUGACUCCUACUGCUUGCCACUAUCUUUAUUUCAGUUCCUUGUGUGUUCCUUUUUUUUUUUUAUACAAACAGUAAAAUAUAUUCAACAGUAUUAUGUUCAUAUAUAAAUACACACGGUUGUAUUCAUUUUUUUUUUUGUAUCAUUUUACAAAACGUUUGCCAGUUACUCAAAUGAAGUCACACGACCCAUCUUUUUAAAACGGUGGCAUAUAUUUUAUUGGGAUGUUCUGUUACUUUUUUGAUUAUUGUUUUUUUUUUUUUUCUUCUAUUGGGAAAGCCAAAGUACGGCUGCUUCUGUUCAGUAAUUGUAGCGCUAAAACCUUAGCUAACAUUUGCUGUGUUGUGAAAGAGCUUCAUUGGGAGAGAAAAACUAUGGUGAAAGGUAGCUAGAAAAAAAUGACUGAAAGCCUCUUUUAUUCCAUUGUUACAGUUAUGUCAAUAUUACAGAGAGCACCCAAUCUCAGCGUUACAUAGACUCUAUUCUUCUCAGUGGUUAUCCCGCCCAUAUGCAUGCACUCUCCACCUUGCCUCGUUGGAAAAAAACAAAACAAGAUCUAUAUAUAUUUAGGGUGAUUUCCUAGCCGUGUUGGGAUCAGCUUCUUUUCUUUCCCGUCUCUUCCACUAGCGCUGCCCCCCCCCCCCAUCACCGUGUACAACUGCCUUCAUCUGUGGUUCAGCUCCUUUUUGAGCUCCUUAAACUGUGACCCGUAGCCUCCUCCAGUCUUCCUGUGCUCUGCCUGACAAAUGAAGGACAAACAGUUGAGGCGCGACGCCCGUUUGGUGCUUUCAAAUAACUGGACGCAUUCGCUCCAUGUGUCCUCUCUACUGUAAAGUGAAGUCUCGUGACGGCAGCGGGGGCGGAUCUGUGUUUUCGUUGAAGCGGUGCGACUGUGGAGGGUCAGACUUGUUCCAACUGCUGAGUACUCUGUGGUGUGAAGGUGACCCCACGAGGUCAGUGUAGCCAAUGUUCCCCUCACCAGCCGAGAGCUCUUGACAUUCCUCUUUGUGCUGUUUUUACCCAAGAUUAAAGUACCAAAUAUUGUUCUUGUUGCAUAUAUUGUAAUAAAAAUUUUAUUAAACUCUG